AUGGGCAAAAGAACCCACGCCGAGAUGGAGGGAAAAGAAUCCGCAAACUCGUCGCCUUCGCCGUUCAUGUCCAUGUGAGAAACACCAGCACACCGAAGCUUUCAUGCCAAAGGAUGUACCUAAUAUCCCUUCUAUAGGUUCGAACGAUUCCGUGCCGAGCUAGAUGAGCAUCACGACAGGAGAGAACGCAUAAUCAAGGCCUCUCGAGAUAUCACGGCGGCUUCCAAGAAGAUGUGGGAUUUUCCUAACUAUAAAUUUUGAUCGAAACCAAGCUAACAGCUUCAUGCAGCAUCUUCACGCUCCAGCGGUACGUCUCAAGAAGAAUCCACCGACAACGACCUCAAAUGACUGACAUUUCACUAAAGUAUACGAAAAUUAAAUGAACCACUGCCCCAGCAUGUCACCAAAGGCAACAAGCAAUACUACGACACCAUCUCCACGCAAUUCGCCUCCGUGUGCAAAGAUCUCCAAGGGUUGAAUGCCGAUCGAUAUGCCAGACAGAUCAGCGGCGGAUGUCAAGAAUGGAUGGAAGCUCUAUCCUUCGAACACUACCUGACCACAUCGACACUCAUCAGCUACAAAGACGCAGCCUCGGAACUCCUCUCUUUAGGCUCAGAGGGAUCUGGAGUAGGCCUCAGUCCAGAAGAUUAUCUACUUGGAAUCUUUGAUAUGACGGGCGAGUUGAUGAGGUUCGCGAUCACGGCCAUGGCGACAAAUGGCGCUUUGCCGUCGAGUUCUCAUGAUGCAGAAGAGGAGCGGAACGUUUUGAAUGAUUUGCGGGCCAUGAGGGCGGCGCUGGAGUCUUUGAAUGCUGGGACUGGGCCUUUCGCUAAAGAUGUCGACAAGAAGAUGGAGGUGAUGCGCGCCAGUGUUGAGAAAGUUGAGCGGUCGUUGUAUGGAUUAGUCGUGAGAGGAGCAGAGCGGCCCAAGGGAUGGAUGCCAGACGCUGAUGGAGGGAGAGCCAUCGGGGUGGAAAGCUAG